ACAUUUUCAGCAGCGGGCGAAAACAAAUGUGCAGAUGUUUGGCGUGUGAUUUUACUGCUCAGUUCUACAUCAGUAAAAUCAGAAUUUCCAUGAAAACCAACUGCGUGUAAUAUUUACGGAUUAUCCAGUAAAUGCUUUGCACAAUGAAAUUAAGUUUUAAAUAGAGAGGGAUUUUGGCGGAACUUUGUGAAUAAUGGCAGGAAGGGGCAGAGGGCACCGCACUUUCUCUGUGGAGAUUGUUGGAAUCGGAAAAGGAGAAAAUCUCCCUCCAUCCUCCGUCCAGCCGACCCCUCUAUUCCCUCCCUUGGACCACAAGCCGGUGCCCCUGCAGGCGGGUGAGGAGGCCGAGUACAUGCUGGCACUCAAACAGGACUUCAGAGGAGCCAUGAAGACGCUCCCGUUUUACAUCCGUCCCGCUGCACCCAAAAAAGAUGUGGAGCGUUAUUCUGACAAAUACCAGAAAAUUGAAACCUCUGACAACAGUCUGGAAUGGAAACCAGAUUGGAGGCGUUUUCCGAAGGAGCUGCGCGUGAGGGAGAAGAGACCCCUGAGAGACAAAAGCCCAGCUGUUCCCAAACAAACCAAACAGCCACGAGUGAACAAAGAGGAGAUCAUACGCAAACUGGAGACUCUGGAGCAGAAAGAGGAAGAGGGGAGUUCUGAUGAAGAGGAGGGAGAGAAAAAGAAGCCAGAAGAGGAAGAGGCAGAGGGAGAGGAGGAGUAUGAUGAAGAGGAAUUUGAGGAUGAAACAGAUUACAUCAUGUCCUACUUUGACAAUGGGGAGGAGUUUGGAGGAGACAGUGAUGAAAAUAUGGAUGAAGCUGUUUACUGAAGCAGGUGAUGGCGGCUCCAUAGCGUCCUCCUCUGGCCAGUGAGUGUCGCUGGAACUGCUUUGUCCCUCAGGAACGUUCUGGGCUGGAUCAUUAUGUUUGGCAGCUGAUGUUGAAAUCUGUAUGCAGUGGAUUUCCUCUCAUCCGAUCGGUUGGCAGGGCGGCUGAUUGCUGACGAAGAGCGUUUGAAUCUGAGAGCCAUGGCUGGAGGACACAGAGAAAGACACUGAGGCACAAACUUCUCCCUUAAUGCAGCUAUACGUUCUUAGAGCUUUGUAAAUGAUUAUUAGUUCAUAACUGAAAUUAUUUUUUAGAAUCUUACUUUUAAAACAUGUUUUAGUGUACGUUUUAGACCGUUGUAUUUGUCUAAAAUAGCUUUUAUACAUCUUAGAUUUGUGAAAAAAGACCAGUAAAUGUUUAUUUUAGAUGAUAAUUACAUAUUUUAUAAAUUCUCAUGUCAAGUAGUUGUAAAUAUUUAUGUUAUUGCCAUUUUAUGCAAUAAAGUCACACUGUGUCAAGACUUUGUCUCGUAGAUAGAUAGAUAGACAGAUUGAUUGAUUGAUUGAUUGAUUGACAGUUCUGUCAUGUGGCCUGUAGGGGGUGUGAUACUACAUUAAAGUACUUA